CUGGGAAUCCGGAAAUGAGUAGAUUUCAGCGUUCACAGGAAAAUGGAGCCUCGAUAAACUUGCAGCGUUGUGUUUUAUUUCUCUUCAGUCCAUAGACACGAGUUGUUCCCCACCGAGCCUCCCAUUCCCAGUCCCUGAUGGGAUGCUGCACUCCCAGAAUGUUGCUGAUCCUUUUUUCCAUCUCCUGGUGUUUCUCCCGGGUCUCUGCGGACAGCAAAAUCUUUACUGCAGCCUUUAUGGCUGUCUCUGGCACAACUGACCUGCCUGAAUAUGUUGGUGUGGGAAUGAUCAAUGGAGUUCCUGUGGUCCGUUAUGACAGUGACACCCGUCAGACAGUCUCCUUGCAGCAGUGGAUGACAGAUGCGUACGAUGCUAAUUACUGGAAAAUUCUCACAAAGCAAGGGAACGACCAUUCUGACAAGGCAAGGAAGGAUCUGAGGAUGGUAAUGAAAUGUACAAACCAAACAUCAGGAGUGCAUAUUUUGCAAUUCAUAAGGACUGUUGAGAUCACUGCUGAUGGCUCUAUUAAGAGAUCGAUGAAUGUUGGGUUUGAUGGAAAGGACUUUAUCAGUUUAGAGCCGGACAGAAUGAGAUGGGUCGCAGCAAAUCACUUUGCAGUGAAGAUCAAGGAGAACUGGGAUUCGGAUAAAGCGUGGAACAGGCAUUGGAAAUGGCACUUGGAAGAGGAACUUGUUGAGCGUUUAAAAUCACGUUUACACUUCGGAAAACAAUACUUUGAAAGGAAAGUUCAGCCUGAAGUGUUCAUUUCCAGGAGGGAGCCCAAUGGUCAGGACAAGCCGCUCACUCUCUCCUGCCUGGUCACUGGGUUUUAUCCUGUAGACAUCGAGGUGACCUGGCUAAGGAAUGGAGAGGUCAUGUCUGAGACCCAAUCCUCAGGGGUUCGACCGAACCACGAUGGGACCCAUCAGAUCCAGAAAGAGAUUGAGAUCAAUGCUGGGGAUGAGGAUCAAUACUGCUGUCAAAUUGAACACAGCAGCCUGGCAGAGGCCAAGCUAUUUCAGUGGGAAAUUCCGCAGUGGUCCCACCUUUCCAUCAUACUUAUUAUUAUUGGAUCAGUCACUGGACUGGCGGUUGUAUUCGGGAUAAUCAUCUGGAGACGGUCAUACAGAGCUCAGCCCUUUCUGGAGACCAGGCCCACCCUCCAUCAGCAGGAAGUCAUGGAUAAGAAUGUGGAACUGAAGCUGAUGAGCAAAUCUGAGCCCCAGCUCAAAACACAGCCCUUACAGGGAGAGUCCAAAUAUCCACGUGGCCUGGAGGAAGGGAAUGAAGCCGUAAAUAAAGAAGAGAGUCCCUCAGAAACAGACAAAUUAAAUCCUGCUAGCAAUGUUUCUGAUGGAAACACAGUGAAAUAUCAUCUAGGUAGCCAUGUAACAGAAUUCUUACCCACCAGUGAGGAACAAUAGGCAAUGCAGAGUUUAUUGAAACAACACAAGGUAAAAACAAUGACUGCAGAUGCUGGAAACCAGAUUCUGGAUUAGUGGUGCUGGAAGAGCACUGCAGUUCAGGCAGCAUCCAAAGUGCAGUGAAAUUGACGUUUCGGACAAAAGCCCUUGAAACAACACAUCCACAUCGAGAAAGUUCCUCAUUACAACCCAAUACUAGUCUGUGUACCCCAGAGUUUGGUGGAGCUGAAAAUAAUUACAGGAGAAAUAGGAAUUGAAAUUGAUGUGGAUGGCAAGGAAAAGGAAAGUCUGAUCACGUUAAUAAUAGCAUUUCAAGAGAAGCUAUUCACCAGUGAUGAAUCGGAAAACAUAUUGUUUUAGAGGUUUAAACAAUGAGAGGAAAGAUUGUCACAAAAAGAUCUAGACUGAAAAUUGUGCAGCAGAGCAGAUUCUACAUCAAAGGUCGGGAAAUGACAUGUGUGAAGGACAAAGCCAGUUUUACUGAGUAUUACUGACUGUGUUUUCAUGUGGUGGAUCUGAAUCUGAAAGAUUCUUUUCCAUGUUCUCUUUUCAAAUGCUGACUGGCCUGUUGUGUAUUUACAUUAUUUAACUCUGUGUUAUUUUAAAGUUGGAGACAUUGACAGUUUAUGGUCAUUGGAUAUCGAUACAUAAAGAAAUCAGCAACUAACAUUAGAAACUAACAGAAACUGCAACAGGUUUCUCAUAUCAUAAAACACAACUUAACACUAUUGUAAGAUUGUUAUUUUGUUUGUCUGUUACAAUUUUAUGGGUUCAGAUAUUUUCAUCAAAUACUUAAAAAGGGAAUUACAAAUGAUGUUACUUGUGUUCAAUUAUUAGACAAAUGUGUUUCCUGGCAAUGUUAUU